UCUCUCUCUCUCUCUCUCUCUCUCUCAAUAAUGCAUAGUCACUCAUUCAGUGUCUUGUCGGCCCUGCUGCUGGCCUCCACAGCCGCCGCCUCGGGCAGCUACGGUCAACCCGGCAAGGUCGAGGUUCCAGUCGUGACGGUGGUUGUAAAGAGCACAAUCACGACAUGCACGCUGCCCAAGACACCUCCUCCGCCAUGCUCCAGCAAAGGUAGCUCGCAGGGCGGGUCUAAUAGUGUUGCCACACCGUCUGGAGGCAGCAACGGCAGCCCGUACGGCGGUUCCAGCGCGGCGGCCACAUUGACGUCAAAGUCAACUGGACCCUCCAGCAUCCCGACCUACUCGGUCCCUGGCAGCAACUCAACCAUCAGGACGAGCCCUGGUUAUGGUAACGGGACCACCAGUAGUACCAGGACAGCGACUGGCACAUCUACCUCGGCGUCGGCCACGUCGAGCUCGACCAGCUCGCCACUGACGGGCUGCGGCAGUGACUCGUACUGGCUGGCCAAUAUCAAGCACCAAGGUUUUGCCCCUUAUGCGCCGAACCCGUCAAACUACACCGUGUUCCGCAGCGUCAAGGAAUUUGGCGCCAAGGGUGAUGGCAAGGCAGACGACACAGUAGCCAUCAACCGCGCCAUCAGCGAGGGAGGUCGCUGCGGUCCGGGAUCGUGCAACUCCACCACCACCACUCCUGGCCUGAUCUACUUCCCCCCUGGUACCUACCGCAUCACGUCUCCGAUCAUCAACUACUACUUCACCCAGAUUUAUGGCAGCCCGCUCUGCAUGCCCGUCAUCAAGCCGAGCUCCAACUUUACCGGCGCAUGGGUCCUCGACGCCAACCAGUACCAGGCCGGCGGCAAGCUGGGAUGGGGCUCUACCAACGUCUUUUGGAGGCAGGUUCGCAAUCUGGUCAUUGACAUGACGGAUCUGCCUGUGGCUGCCGAUGUCGCCGGAAUCCAUUGGCCGUCCUCGCAGGCUACCAGCCUGCAGAACAUCCAUGUCAAGAUGGCCAAGGGCACGCAGACCAAGCACUUUGGAAUGUUUAUCGAGGAGGGAUCUGGAGGCUACAUUGGCGACAUGGUGUUUGAGGGUGGCCUGGAUGGUAUCCGGGUCGGAAACCAGCAGUUCACCAUGCGCAACCUGACUUUUAUUGGCGCCCAGACUGCCAUCAAGCAGCUGUGGAGCUGGGGAUGGACCUACUCGGGCAUCACCAUCAAGGAUUGCAAGGUCGGACUGGACAUUUCCAACGUUGAUACCAGCACUGGCCGCAACCCCGUGGCAUCAAUCGUGUUUAUCGACUCGGAAAUCAGCAACACCCCGAUUGGAGUCGUGACCAGCCGCAAGCCCCCGGGACAGCAAAACAAUCCCGCACAGGCAAACACGCUCAUCCUCGAGAACAUCCGCCUGUUCAACGUUCCCACUGCAAUCAGCGGCCCCAGCAACAGUGUCCUCCUUGCCGGCUCAGCAUCGUUCACAACAAUCACCGGAUGGGGCCAGGGUAACCGCUACACUGCUUCUGGCGGCCCGACUGCUUUCCAGGGUCCAAUCACUCCUUUUGCCCGUCCUGCAGCCCUGACUGCGGGAACCAACUUUUAUGAGCGCUCGCGGCCUUCAUACGCCGAGGUGCCUGCCUCGCAGUUCUUGUCGGUCAAGUCCGAGGGUGCCAAGGGAGACGGCAAGACUGACGACACGGCAGCCAUCGCCGCCGCUGUCAAGAAGGCCAGCUCCUCCAACAAGGUCCUCUUCUUUGACUACGGCAUGUAUGUCGUCAGGUCAACCAUCUACAUCCCCGCCGGCAUGCGCAUCACCGGCGAGGCCCUCCCUGUCAUCAUCUCCGAGGGUGAGUUCUUCAACUCGAUGGCUUCACCCAAGCCUGUUGUGCAGGUCGGCAAGCCAGGUGAGACGGGAGCGGCGGUCGAGUGGUCCGACAUGGUGCUGUCUACGCGCGGACAGCAGAUGGGCGCCAUCCUGAUCCAGUGGAACCUCGCAUCCACCACCCCAUCUGGCAUGUGGGACGUCCACACCCGCAUAGGUGGUUUCGCUGGCUCCAACCUGUCGGCGAAAGAGUGCCCCAAGACGCCCGCCACCAAGAUUGACGCCAAGAACCUUGACAAGAAGUGCAUAGCCGCCUUUAUGUCCAUGCACAUCACCGCCUCCGCAUCCAACCUCCUCAACGAGAACUGCUGGCUCUGGGUCGCCGACCACGACGCCGAGCGCGACGCCGGACUGGUGCAGAUCACCGUCUACGCCGGCCGCGGCCUGCUGGUCGAGAGCAAGGAGGGCAAGAUUUGGCUGUGGGGAACGGGCGUCGAGCAUCACCAGAUGUACGAGUACCAGUUUGUGUCGACGCAAAACAUCUUUGCCGGCCAGGUGCAGACGGAGACGGCCUACUACCAGCCCAAUCCCGACGCAUCCAUUCCGUUCCCCGUCGACAAGGCAUUUUCCGACCCGACCUUCAAGACUGGCCAAAGCGGCUGGGGCUUCCGGGCCGCCAACAGCAAGGAGAUCCUGGUCUACGGUGCGGGGCUCUACAGCUUCUUUGACAAUUACAACGUGACGUGUGCGCAGGAGGGCCAGGGCCAGACUUGCCAGACCCAGAUCAUGGACGUGGACAAGAGUUCUGUCAAGAUGUACAACCUCAACACCGUCGGCGUCGGGUCGCAGAUAACUGUAAAUGGGGUGGAUGUUGCGAGGUGGCAGGAUAACAAGAACGGCUUCGUCAACUCGGUGGCCAUCUUUACUUCCUGAUCAGGAAAGGCUAUAAACCUUUUUUUCCUUUCUUUUUUUCUUUUGUGUGUUAUAAAAAACCCUUUUUGGAGACUAUGGGAUGGUAGCUUUGAUUACAGCGCAAAUAGUAAUUACUUUGAGUUAGGUUAUGUGCAUAUCUGCUGUGUGCACGCAACUGCUGUAUGCAGCCAAGCGGGCUGCGCCUCGGUUUACAGCAAGGGUCUGGGGUCGAAAAGAAAAUCAGCACUCCUGUUUUCUCGACAGAACAUGGUGGAUACUUGAUUGUCGCAAGUUCGCGCACAUUUCUAUCGCUCAGAUUUGGAACAAAACAAUAUCCAAGCAUUUCCAACUGCCGUAAAUGCUGAUUGAGAUAGUGGAUAGGACCCCGCCCUUGCACGGAACAGCUUCCUAUUAAUAUGAUAGUACAACCGUAGAUUUAUAAGAUGCCCUUGGGAAAUAAAACUG